AUGUGCGGAAUCUUCUUCUCGCUGUCCGCGGCUGAGAACCCCGUGCUUCUGGACAAAGACCUACGCUAUCUGUUAACUAAACGAGGGCCAGAUGAGGGCUCAUACAGCAUUGGUGUCCGCGGCGCAGGCCUGAACUUGUUCAACCAUGAGGGUAGUGGCCGGAUAUGGCUUUCCUUCGCAAGCACCGUUCUCGCCAUGAGGGGAGAAGAUAUCAUUCGUCAACCGCUCACAGACAGCGGCAGAACGGGAUCCAUAUUUGCCUGGAACGGGGACGCUUGGAAGAUUGAUGGACAGCCUAUACCUGAGAGGAACGACACGCAGAUUGUUUUCAACCAUUUCCUCCAAGCCACCACGCAGGACUACUCAUCAGAAGACUACAAUGCUGUUUCUAAUCCGGUCCAAAGAAUGGCAGACGCUAUCAGUAAGAUUACCGGGCCUUUCGCGUUCGUCUUCUACGACGCCGUCAACUUCAGACUGUACUUUGGAAGAGACUGCUUAGGGAGACGGUCUCUUCUUUGGGGCCUUGAUGAGGCAGGGAACUUCACGCUAUGUAGUCUGAGUGACGCUUCUUCGCCUUCCUCUUUCCAGGAGGUCGAGGCAGACGGCAUAUAUAUGAUCGAAUUCGAAGAUGACCAAAACGCGGACCCUGAACCGGCCCCAGCUGCAGGCCCUCUACGCUUUGACAUCAAAAACAUACAAAAGAUACCAUGGAGUCAUGAGGUCUUGCCGACAUAUCAUAUGAUAAGUCCCAUUCCUCCAAUGAAUAAGGCAGUCCCCGAGGGCAUUCCCUCGCCACUAACUACUACAUCGUCUGUCCUCAGUGAGCUGGAACGCAGACUCCGUCAGUCGCUGGCAUUGAGGAUUCAAAAUGUGCGCGAUCCUCCGUUUGGAGGGGAAGGCAAUGUCAAGAUUGCCGUGCUGUUCUCCGGUGGCCUGGACUGCACUCUCCUCGCAAGACUUGCCCAUGAUAUUUUACCCGCCGGGGAAACGAUCGACCUUCUGAAUGUCGCUUUCGAAAACCCGCGAGUUGUAGCGGCAGCAUCAAAGGGGCUAGAACAACCUUCAUCUGCAUACGAAGGUUGCCCCGACCGUAUCACCGGACGAGCAGCAUUUGCCGAGCUUCAACGCAUCUGCCCAACUCGCAACUGGCGAUUUGUUGCUAUUGACAUUCCGUACAUCGUGACCGUCACGCACCGCGAUACUAUCAAGCGCUUAAUGCGGCCACACAAUACUGAAAUGGAUCUUUCUAUUGCGUGUGCACUGUACUUUGCAGCCCGCGGUCAAGGCACAGCACACGACAGCCAACGACCUGACGCCAAACCUUCACAAUACACAACACCUGCCCGUGUCCUCCUUUCCGGCCUGGGUGCGGACGAGCUGUUCGCCGGUUAUUCUAGGCACGGAAUAGCAUUCUCCCGCAACGGUUUCGAAGGUCUCAUCGACGAAAUCGAACUCGACGUCAGCCGCCUAGGAAAGCGCAAUCUCGGCCGUGAUAACAGGGUCAUUGCACACUGGGGCCGCGAAGCACGGUUUCCAUUCCUAGAUGAAAACUUUGUCGCCUGGGUGGUGCAAACCCCAGUCUGGGAGAAAUGUGGCUUUGGAGUCCCUAACUCUCCACCAUCAGAUACCGGCAUUGACCCUGAGAAGAAAGCCCUUCGUCUCCUAGCGCUCAAACUGGGCUUGGAAAACGUCUCUCGAGAAAAGAAGCGGGCUAUUCAGUUUGGCUCCAGGACCGCAAAGAUGGAAAAGGGCAAAACCAAGGGGACUGAUGCCUUGGACUGA